CCUCCCCAAAGACGAAGGAACUGGUUGUCACGCAAGCGCGCAGCCUUCGACCCGGUGGCAUAGAGCCCACUGCAGCGUCGCGUACUCAUCAUGGCGGCAACGGCGGCGUCGUCGUCGAAGUCUCCCAAACGCACCAAGUCGUUCUUUGUCGACGUCCAAGGCGUCCUCGCGCCGUGGAACUCCAACGUGAGCGACGUGCUCUUCGCCAUGAUGUACCGGCCUUACCCUGGAGACGUGUUCAUCAACUGCUACCCAUGCUCGGGCGGCACCUGGCUCAGUAUGUUGCUCUACGCGCUCAACCACGGCGGCCGCCGACCUGUGGACUAUACGGCGCUCUCGCGGGACGUGCUCUUCCUCGAACGCAUGGGCCGCAAGGUGGAAGACACGGCACCGCCCCGCAGGCUGAAGAGCCACCUGCCGGCGAAGAAGCUGCGGCUUAGUCAGGCGGCCAAGUACGUGUACGUGGUGCGCGACUACCGCGACUGCUGCGUUUCAUUGUACGAGCAGAUGACGACAAGGGCGCUCGACUACCGGUUCGCGGGCGUCACCUUCGAGGACUACUUGGAGCGCUUCGUCGCAGGCGCGGUGGAGGACAACGACUACUUCGACCACGUCAACUCCUGGUGGGAGCACCGCAGUAGCCCCAACUACUUCUUCGUCCUGCUCGAGAAUCUCAAGAAGGACUUUGAACACGUUGUGAAAGACCUUGGCGAAUUCCUAGGCGGCCCCGCCGAGCGAUUGGUGCGCGACGACCGCCGGCUGAAAGAACUGCACCGGUUGUGCACUUACGACUGCUCCCUCAAUACACCAUCCAAGGGUGCAUCACUGUCACCGCCGCCACCCGAAUACCUCCGCGACGGCCGGUGCUACAUCAACUGCCUGAACUGCAGCAACCGCUGGGAGGCCGCACUCAGCGAAGAGCAAGCCACGAGGCUCGUGCAGUGCUUCGCCGAACGAACCAAGGGAACGCCACUCGAAGACCUCUUGGGCACGCUGGGACAGAGCAACGCGCAGAACGUCGCCGCCUGCAACCUCGAAACCGUAUUACGUAAUGAUAAUUAACGCGUGUUUAAUAAUAAUUAGGAUUGGUUUCGACGACAUCCUCCAUGGUUGUGGUCAUCUCAAGUAGGUCAAGAUAGGGACCCGAGGAAUUCCAGGAGGGCAGAGCAGUCCGUUCAAAUACGUCGCUGGGAGCCAUGCGUGUUCCCCAGCGAAAGCUGCGAGCAAGAUCCUGCGCUCGGUGCGUCAAAUUCGGCUCCCAAACGCUAGUGCUGUUUGCAUACUCGUCGGUGGACCCUACCAGAUGAAAUGCAGCAAGAGAAUCAAACAGACCAUCCCCUACGGCCAAACAUGUGUUGGGUUUCUGUUUAGAUCAUGUUCUGAUGCAUUCAAUAGCGCCUGUUAUCUCUCCGUGUAUGUAAUGAAAAUUGCAUUGUGCAAAGCUAUCAUAUGACGAGGUAUGUCAAUACUGAUUGAGGGCUGUGUUUUGUAACGAUCUAUUUCAUUUUCUACUAUUUUCGCUAUCAGUUAAUGAUUCGGUCGCCAGCGCGUUGCCGUUAUCUCCGGGAUCGGCCUCAUAUUAUCAGAACUGAAAUUGAAAAGGAUACUUACUAAAUACGGCCCCUGAUGUUUUCAGUGUGUGCAUAGUGCUGUACAUAAACUAUGCACGCCUAGUCAUCACCAUUCAUCCGAAAUGUGCAUGGUGCAACAUCGGCCCUAAGCGUCACUGGCCAAUCUUGCCGAAGUCGGUCCGAAGUCAGCUGUCAUGAGAGACCGAAGUUUCGACAUUUACAGUGACUUAACAUGGGUGAACGUAUACCACCACCAAUCAUGUUGGUUGGUGCAUGUGGUAUACCACCCAUCGACCAUGUUGGCCUACCUGGUUAGC